AGUCUAUGUCUUUGAUAUUAUCAGAUACUCCACUGAUGUGAGAAGAAAUUGACUUUAACUCAUUCAUAGUUAAAAAAUGUUAUCUCUCCCUCAUCAGCCUCCUUUAUACAGUGACAAUGAUAAUGUCGAAAGAGUACGCAUAGGCAGGAAUUAUCAUGUUGAUUUUGUCCAACAAUUUGUGAAGAAUGUUCGUAGCUUUAGUUCUCAGUAUGGCGGUAAUUCUAGCAUAUCUUAUGCUGCUACUAACAUAAUUGGACCAUUUAGUCAAUUUCCAAAUUAUGGAGAUUUUGCACAAACAUUUGCCAUGAGGACUUAUGGACCGUGGUGGGAUAAAGCACCUUCGAGAUCAAUUGAUUAUAUGCCACAGAAUAAUACAGAUGUUGUGAGCCAAGAUUAUAUUGAUAUUGAGUAUCAUGAAGCUGUGUAUCCAGUAAGAGUUUCUAUAUACGAAGUAUAUAAUCCUGGGAGCAUAAUUCGAAUUUGGGCUGAAGAGUUUAGAGGUCGAUGGUUUCUACUGUGGAAUGGACCACCUCAGAUUGUUCCUCCAAAAUCACGGAUAUUUUCUCCGCCUUUACAAUCGUGUGACUUUAAAACCAAACUACUCAGAUUAGAAUUUAACCACAGUUUAUUGGACUACUACACAGAGAUAGAUGCUGUGAUGCUUAUUGGAACAUCAGAAUUGAUUUUUCCUAGAGAUCCAGCUCACAAUCAUAGUUUAACUAAUCUGUUAAUAAGCAUUAAUUGCGACUUGUUUGAAACUCCUUGCCAUGAGGAUAUCCAUAAUUUAACACCAAACUAUAAAAAUGCAUAUUUGGAUAUAAUCCAUCUUAAGAAGACAUUGAUUAAACAUUGUGUUCUGUUCAAAAGCGAUGUAGUAGCAAAUUUUCACGACAGCAACCUAGCAUCUCAGCUAAGAUCCCUUUAUUAUUGUGUACCACCUCUUAAAGAAGGAUCUGAUAGUAUGCAACGCUUUUUAUCAGAAGAACUUUCAAAGUUUAUGAAAGAUGUUAAACACUCUUUAGAUGAAUCCAAGAAGCCAUCACGUUAUAAUUUUUCUGCACUUCCUGUAAAGUAUACUAAGAAGUUUUUGUCACACAUAUCAAUAUUUACUGUUAUUUUGCUUAUUAAAAUUUUAUAUUUUAUCUUGCAGGAUGAAAUAAUAAUGAGAAUAUUAAGAAACUUGGACCUAAAGUCAUUAUGUCGCAUGAGCAGAGUAAAUAAACAUUUCAAUAAUUUAGCACAAGACCAUCUGCUUUAUACAAGUUUAAACUUAAAACCAUAUUGGCACGUUAUUAAGAAAAAAGCAUUGUAUUACUUAGCACCUAGAUGUAAAUAUUUACGACGGUUGGAUCUUUCAUGGUGUGAGACAUUUUUUUUCCCGGAAAUUGACAAUUUUCUUGUCACUUGUGGUAGUCUCUUAACACAUUUACGAUUAAAUUGCUGCUUAUGGAUCAACAACAACGCCAUGCUUAAAAUUUCAAGAAUAUGCAAAAAUUUGAAAGAAUUAGGUCUACGUAAUUGUGACUCGAUAAGUGAAAAGGGAUUCUCAUAUCUCGAAAAUCUGGAGUUCCUGGAGCAUUUGGAUCUUUACAGGACACAUAUAAAUACUCAAACUCUUUGCAAGAUACUGCGAAGAAAUAUACGAAUGCGUCACUUACGUAUAGGAGGCACCGACAAAAGUCUGAAUGUAGAUGAAGUUGCAAUGGAAUUGAAAAAUUUCUGUCCAGAUUUGGAAAGUAUAGAUUUAUGGAAAACACACACUCUUACAUCGCAAGGUAUUGAUGCCCUUGCUGACUGCAAAAAUCUACGAGAAGUGGAUUUUGGUUGGUGCGGCAGUACAACUGGUCAUGGUGAUAGCUUCCGUAGAUUGUUUUCCUCCUGUCAACACCUGGAAAAAGUUUUCCUGACCUCUGUUAGAGGCCUUACUGAACGUGAUCUAAGAGCACUGACAUUGUGUAAAAAUUUAAAACAGUUAGAUUUGUUAGGUACAUUAUCCCUGACAGCUGAGAUAUGUCACGCAAUUUUCAUGAAUUGUCCUAAAUUAGAGAUGAUUGAUCUCAGCUUUUGUGACAAUAUUGCCGAUUGCUCGAUUCAGCAGUGGCAGCAAAUAUACACACAUAUAGCCAUUAAAAGAGUACACUGCGAAUGGUGAUUAGGUCUAAUAUAAAUUUUAAGAUUUAAUAUAAAUCUUUCUCUCGAGAAAAUCACAUUUUCAAAAAGUGAGCUAAGUGUAUGUAUCUCUUGAAAG